UAACAGUCAGUUGCGCCUCUCCUCUCUCAACUUUUUUUGGGGAACUGAUUACAACUCCGCGGCAACUCUCACUUUUUAUGACCUGGCAGCCGAGGGAUGUUCUCUGGAAGGAGGUUACACCCCAGCUGAACACUUUUACCUUGGGAAGUUCAGGAGUCAGGCUGUUUCUCGGAGGUUGUGAAUGGGGAGCACUUGGGGAGACUUUUACGCAUAGAGUUGAGUGACGCGCGGUACGAUGUUUUAAAAGAAAACUUAACUUCAAUUUCCUGCAUUUUUUUCAAUGGAGAUUUUGACUGAUCGUCUUUCUUGAUAGAAACUUUGUUAAACUUCUGCUUUUGGUUCCCAUCACUUUUUUUUUUUAAUUCUACCACACAUUCAAACGGCCUCUCUUGACCUUUUUCGGGAUACUUACUUCCACAGCAUCUACUUCCCCCCCCGUGGAUUUUCAAUUAACUUCGGUUUGGAAGUAAUUUGAGUGGAUACCAUGCCUCCGAUCGGACCGGAGAAGCGUGCUGCGUUCUGCCGGGCUUGGGCUCUGGUUUGUGCGCUGCUGGUGUGCGCUGCCUCGGUGACUGGAUGCCCACACAAGUGCAGCUGCUCCGGGUCGCAUGUGGACUGCCAGGGUCUGGGUCUGAAGACUGUUCCUAAAGGAAUACCGAGGAAUGCCGAGCGUCUGGAUUUGAACAGAAACAACAUCACCAGAGUCACUAAAGUGGACUUCUCCGGCCUCAAGAACCUCAGGAUUCUGCAUCUGGAGGACAACCAAAUCAGUGUCGUGGAAAGAGGAGCCUUCCAAGACCUCAGACUGCUCGAAAGACUUCGCAUCAACAGAAACAAACUCCUGUUCCUCCCAGAGCUUCUCUUCCAGUCCAACCCCAAACUCGGACGACUAGACCUCAGCGAGAACCAGAUCAAGGCGGUUCCACGGAAAGCUUUCAGAGGAAUUACAAAUGUCAAGAACCUCACUCUCAACAACAACAACAUCACCCUCAUCCCCCUGUCCAGCUUCAACCACAUGCCCAAGCUGCGGACUCUACGACUGCACUCCAACAAUCUGCACUGCGACUGCCACCUGUCCUGGCUCUCUGAUUGGCUCAGAGCCAGGCGGGGCUUGGCUCCCUUCACCCAAUGCAUGGCCCCCGCCCACAUGAGGGGCCUCAACGUCCCAGAUGUGCAGAAGAAGGAUUUUCUCUGCAAUGGUCCAGCACAGACAGAGCUGAGGACUUGUGUUCCCCAGGUGGCGGUGUGUCCAGCCAGCUGCAGCUGUAACAACAACAUAGUGGACUGUCGACGUAAAGGCCUCACUGAAAUACCAGCCAACCUCCCAGAGGGCAUCGUGGAGAUGUAA